AUGCCAUCAAAAUCUACAUAACUUAAUUCCUAAAGCAAUUAAGAUGAAGAAAAUCCUAUGCAUGAGGUUUGUGAAUAAAAAGAUGACAAAAAAUCUAUUUAAACAAAAAAAGAUAGUAGCAAAACAGAAGAAAAUGUAAACAAAUCUAAAGAGAACAGACCUGGAUAUUUUAAUUAAGGGCUCAAUUAUAUUUUUGUGAUGCUAUUUGUUAAUUACUUUAAAAUUACAAUGAGACUCAAUAAAAUUAUGAAAACUAGGAAGUAUACUUUUUCUGAUAUUCCAUAGCUUUAAGAGAAAGAAAAAGUUGAAUACAACAGUGUUCAACUGAAAUAAAAGCUUUAAGAGAUUUAUGAUAAAAAAUAACCACUAAAUGCUUAUAACAUGACUAAAAUUAUAUUUACAGUUUUUUCAGUUGAUUUUAUUAGGUGCAUUAUUUUUCUAAUAUUAGACACAUUUCUUCGUCUUUUUUCUUCUAUUUGUCUUUAGAAACUCAUUGAAUCAGUUUAAAUUGAUGAUUCAGACGAAAAAAUUAAAUGGGUAGCUAUUUUAUCUGUUUGUAUGUUUCUCUCUGUCAUUACUGGCUAAAAUAGUUGGAAAGAAGGUUAAGAUCUCUCUGCUAAAUUGCGUUUGAGCUUAGUCACCAUUUUGUAUGCUAAAGUUAAUAGUUUAAGCUCAUACACAAUUAAAAAUAACCAGCUAAAUAAAAUUAUUAAUAUUAUAAGCAAAGAUUUUAAUAUAGCAGAAUUAAGAUUUUCAUUUUUAUUUAUAAGUCUUGUUUCUCCCUUGGCACUUGCUUUCUCUGCUUACAUUUUAGUAGAUAGACAUGGACCUUUGGGUUUGCUGAUUAUUGGGUUAAUGAUAAUUUGUUUACCUAUUCAAAACUUAAUAAGCAAAAAAGCUGCUAACUAUAUCCCUGAUAAAAACAAAUACUCUGAUUAGAGGAUUAAGCUAACAAGAGAAAUAAUUGAAGGGAUAAAUUUUGUUAAGAUGUAUGCAUGGGAAAAGGCAUUUAUUAAAUUUAUCAAAACAAUAAGAUCUUAGGAAACCAUAUACUUGCUAAAGUAAGUAACUUACAAUUAUAUUGCUUAAAGUUUGAGCUAUGGAUCAGUUUUAAUCAGUGCAACUGUACCAUUUGUGCUUAUACACUAUUUUGGAGAAUCCACUCAACUGAAUACAGCAAAAAUUUUUUCAACUAUGUAAGUCAUCAUGUUUUUGAGACUUUAAGUGAUGCUUUUUGUCGGGUAUGGAUUCAGUUUCAUGCAUGAAUCAAAGAUAUUUUUAGGUAGAAUUUCAAGUGUCAUAACAUUGAAAAAUUAAAGUAUGAAAAAAUUAGACUAAGAAUUAAAUAAAGAAAUUUCAUAAGGAAGUCCUAUGAAUUUAUUCCCAUCUCUAAAAUAAAAUGAAAACAACUAAGAAAAAAAUCAUCAAAUUGGUAUUCAAUUUUAAGAUUUCUAAGGUUGGUGGAAUUCUGAUGGGUAAGGUACACCUGUUUUGAAUAAAUUAAAUUUUUCCUUUUUGAAUGGAUAAACUUAUGCAAUAGUGGGAUAGGUUGGUUCUGGAAAAUCUACUUUGCUUCUUACUUGUUUGAAAGAGCUACCUUCUUAUAGAGGCCACUUCAAUAUAUCAGGAACAGUAGCAUAUUAGAAUUAAGAAUCUUCAAUCUUUCCUGGUACAGUUAGAGAUAAUAUAUUAUUUGGAAAGGUAUAUGAGGAAUAAUGGUAUUAAUAAGUGGUAGAUGCUUGUUGUUUAAGAUCUGAUUUUACUUAAUUUUAGUAAUCAGAUUUAACCUAAAUAAAUGAAAAAGCAUCCAAUUUAAGUGGUGGAUAAAAGGCCAGAAUAACUUUAGCUAGAGCAGUAUACAGUAAAUCAGAUAUUUAUCUACUUGAUGAUCCUCUUAGUGCUGUUGAUUCUAAAGUUGCUAAGUUGCUUGUUUAAAAUGUAUUUAACGAUAUACUGAAAAAUAAACUUGUUUUAUUAGUUACUCAUUAAAUCUCAAAGAUAAAGCAAUUCCAAAAUAUUUUAGUUAUUCAAAAAGGAGAGAUUGUAGCUUAUGGAGAUUAAUAAAAAGUGCAAAAUGAACUACAUUUUUUGUAAGCUGAUUUAAUGGUAGAUGAAGAAAACAAAGAGAAAGACGAAUAAAAAAAAAAUAUCCAAGAUAAAAUCGAAUAAACAAAAAAAGAAACUGUAAUUAAUUUAGGGAGUAAAUUUUAAAGCAAUAACAAUUCUUAGAAAGCAGAAAUAAAUGAAGAUGAUAAUGGUGAAGAAAAAAUUGUUUAAGCUAAAACCUACAAAAACUUUUUCACUUUCAACAAAAGAGGAUGGGCUUAUUUGUUUAUAUUUUUAGUAUAUAUUUUGAAUGAAGUAAUCCUUACAGGCUUUAACAGGAUUCUAGGUUUAUAUGAUUCCAGUGAUAUCAUAUCAAAAAGAAAUUUGUUUAUCGUUUUGGGUAUUCUUUGUUUCUUUUUCUGUGUAACUCUUAUUAUCAAAUACGUUAAUUUGGGUAGAGAAAUUAUUGUUACAAAUUCUUCAGUUCACUCGAAAAUGGCUGAGCAGCUCAUACAUACUCCAACUGUUUAUUUCGAUAAAACUUCAGGAGGAGAAAUUUUAAACAGAUUUUCUAACGAUGUUGAUAUUAUGGAUUCUAUGAUUCAUUAUACAAUGAUAGACGCUAUUGAAGGACCUGUUAAUUUUUUAAAUUUGAUGAUCACAAUCUGUUUCAUUCAGCCAUAUUUUGUGAUUGUAAGCGUAGUCGAAUUAAUCCUUUUGUUUAAAUGGUUUAGCUUUAAUCAAAAAAUUAUUAUGCAGUCAAAGUAUUUAGAUUUACUGAGUAAAACUCCUGUUUUUUCAUUCUUUUCUCAGACACUCUAAGGAAUGGAAAUAGUUUAAGUUUAUGGUUAAUAGCAAAAUUUUUAUGAUAAGUUUUGUUUUUUUACAAACCAAAGCAUUAGAACUAAUAUGAUAUUUUGGGAUGGGUCUCGUAUGUUUGGUAUGUAUACACAAUUCGCAACAACUAUUUCUUCCAUUAUAGGUAUUAUAGUUCUGACUUCUUUAUCAGAUAGUUCUACCAACAGUGGGUUAUUCGGUCAAUCAUUAAGUUAUUUAGUUUUAAUGACUGAAUAGAUUUAUUGGUCUAUGCGUCAGAUAAUUAACACUAAUAGUUCUAUGUCUUCAACAUAAAGGGCAUUAGAAAUAUGUGAUCUGCCUACUGAAAGAGAUUAUGAAUUCCAAAAUGAUUAAAGAUUGUUAGAAUCUGGAUGGCCAAAAAAAGGUGACGUUUAGAUGCAAAAUGUGUACAUGAAAUAUAGAAGAGAGUUAGCUCCAACUUUGAAAGGUUUGAAUUUGAGCAUUCCAUCUGGAGUAAGAGUUGGCUGUGUAGGUAGAACAGGGGCUGGUAAGAGCUCUAUAAUCGAAUGUUUAAUGAAUCUAAGAGAAGGAGAAAAUAUUAUUGAUACAGAGUAAAACAGUAAAAGUGACGUAGAUUAGUAAUUUAUUAAAAUUGAUGGUUAGGACAUAUCUAAAAUUGGACUACAUACUUUAAGGAAUUAAAUUAGCAUUACUCCAUAAGUUCCUUUCAUGUUUUCUGGUACGAUUAGAAAAAACCUUGAUCCCUUAGAUGCUUACAGUGAUUUAAAUGUUAUUUAAGCUUUGUAAUAAGUGUAACUUUAUGAUAUUAUUAGUAAUUUAAAAAAUGGACUUAAUACUGAUAUCGGAGAUGCUUCUGUUUCAUUUAGCGUUGGAUAAAAACAGCUAUUCUGCCUUGCUAGAGCAAUACUGAAGAAUAGUAAGAUUAUUAUUAUGGAUGAAGCUACUGCUAAUAUGGAUAUGGUCACAGAUAGCCUAAUAUAAAAUACAAUUUCUGAAAAAUUUAAAGGCUCUACUGUAAUUACUAUAGCCCAUCGUCUAAACACUAUAGCAGACUAUGAUUAUGUUGUUGUAAUGGACAAAGGUACAGUUGCUGAAUAUGAUCACCCAUUUAAUCUGUUAGCUAACUCAUUAGAAGAUGAAACAAUCACUAAAAAUACAAUUUUUUCUCAUCUUGUCUUAAAUACUGGAUAACAAAGUAGCUAAAGCAUCUUCAAAAUAGCAAAAUCAACUUAUUAAAAUAAGUAAUAGCAAAUAAAACAAAGUAAACUAAUCUGCUGA